UCAUAAUCUUUAAUGAAGCUUUUGAAUAAGCUUUUGCAGUUGGAUUGCCAGGAGCUCAUCUGAACCAUUGUUAAGAGUUUAAGCUUAAUCGAGGGUGGUAAUUAUCGUCUUGUAUUUAUUGAAUAUUUUACUUCUUAUUGCUCUUCAAAUUGUCCAAUUAAGUUUAUUAUUAUCAUAAUGACUAAACCAGAAACAUUAGACGAAGAAAAUGGUCCAUUGGCAGAGGCUAGAAGAUACCUUUCAUUGGGAGAUUUUACUCUGGCUCAACGAUCAUUGCAAGCUGCAGCCCAAAUCAAUUGUAAAAGUGAUGAAUACCAAAGAGAAAUGGAAAACUGCAAAACCGUAAUUAAAGCUGACGGUGACUGUUUAAAAAGUUAUGGCAGAAAAGAUUAUCGAGCUGCACUGUUUUAUGCUAACAAAGCUCUAACUACAGCAGAUAAGUGUAAUAGACUGAAAUUGAUGAAGGCCGAGUGUCUAGCAUUAUUGAAAAGGUACGCUGAGAGUCAAGAUAUUUUGACAAAGCUUUACCAAGAAGAUCCAAAGAACCCGGAUAUAUUUUAUAUUAAAGGAAUGAUGUUAUACUACCAAGACAAUGUUGAAAAAGCAUUCAGUAGUUUCACUGAAGCUCUCAGACUAUGUCCUGACCAUGCAAAGGCUCAAGCAGCCUUCAAAAGAGCCAAGUUGUUGCGGAGUAAGAAAGAAGAAGGGAAUGUUGCCUAUAAAGCUGAUAAACUGGAUGAAGCUCAUCAAAUUUAUACCGACUGUCUCACAAUUGACCCGCUGAAUACGAUGACAAAUGCUAAAUUAUACUUCAAUAGAGCUCUUGUAUGGGCUAAGAAAGGUGAACACAAGAAGGCUAUUGAAGAUUGUUCCAACGCUAUUAAAAACGAUGAACACUAUAUUAAAGCAUAUCUGAAGCGUGCUAAAUUAUAUCUUGAUUCGGAGAUGUAUGAAGAAGCUGUCCGUGAAUAUGAUUUAGUGUACAAGAAAGACAAAACAAAAGAGCAUAAAACACUUUUAGAAGAGGCAAAAUUGGCUUUAAAGAAAUCAAAACGUAAGGAUUAUUAUAAGAUAUUAGGCGUCAAUAAGGAUGCAAGUCCAGAUGAAAUUAAAAAGGCUUAUCGAAAGCGAGCUUUACUGCACCACCCUGAUCGUCAUUCAAGUGCUAGUGAAGACGAAAAAAGGACCCAAGAAACUCGAUUCAAAGAGUUGGGUGAAGCAUAUAACAUUCUUUCGGAUCCCAAAAAGCGAACCCGUUACGAUUGUGGUUAUGAUGAAGACGGGUCAAGUUACUCUGAAGUUUCCCCGAAUGACAUUUUCCGAAGCUUUUUCACUGAUAUGCCAACAAAUUUCAAUGGUGGAUUCGGUGGAUCGUCAUUCCCUUACAACCAAACAAAUUUCAAUAACAAAAACUUUCAAAAUAACUUCUCUUAUAUAUAAGACGUUAACCCGCUUAGGAGAAUGGAAUCGUAACACAUAACCUUUCAAAAGUUGCAAAAAUCCGCCAUCUCUCAUCGAUGAUCAUGUACAUUAACAUAAUCCAUUGUUAAUGAAUAAACAACAAAAAAAACUGAAUUUACCCUUUUCUUUUCCUGAUUCAUCCUUAAUUUUUAUAAUUACCUUUUCUCGGUAAUUGGCUCAUUGCUGCAACUUUUGAGAGGUUAGACUGUAAUAGUGACACAAAUUUUUUAUACCAAUUUGUACUGAGAUUGUUGAGUACCAUCUGGUGGACAAUUAGAUGUCCAACCAAAUGCAUUGAGUUUUUCUUGCUCUAGAUGGCGUCAAAAUCAUGGAUCAACUUUGUAAAUAAAAUCGUAAUGUACGGUCAAUAAACUUGCGGAGUUAAUUGUAAUGUUGUGAUUAAAAUUUAAGCUUGUAGCACUUUAAUUAAA